UUGUAUUGUAGCCUGGCGGCUCAUAUUUACAUUUUAAGUGCAUCUGGUGGGUGGGCGCUAGGGGGAAAAAACCCUUUUCUUUAACAGGAAACAAAACAAAAUUAAUUAAGGCCUUUGAAUUCUUUCUUUCUUUUUGUUGCACUCUUCAUCCAAACCAGGCAGAGCAAAAGAAAAAGGGACGCUGGAGGAAAAUCUAGAAGAGGAGAGCUGGAAAAAAUUCCUAACCUGAAUCCGAAAUAAACCGGCAGAGCUACACGGGCAAAAAAUCAAAAUCAAAAACUGCUGGAAAGAGUUGGAGAACAUUAAAGUUUUUUUCUUCUUGAUUUGGAACAACAACAACAAAUCCAACUCCCCGAACAGCCGGCGACAUGCCCCGGAGGAAGGCGGCGGCGGGGCCCGGGUGGGAGGCCAGCUCCGGCAACGGGACGGCCCGCGCGGCCGGCAGGAAGCGGCCGGGCCCCGGGCCGAGGAAGCGGGGCCGGCCCGAGCGCGGGGCCGGCGGCGGCGAGGGCAGCAGCAGCGGCGGCGGCGGCGGCAGCAGCGAUGAGGACGGGCCCCGGGAGCUGCUGCUGGCGGCGGCCGAGCUGGACGGGACCCCCGGCGGCAAGAGGGCGGCCAGGCCCGGGCCGGGCGGCGGCCGAGCGGGAGGCCAGGCCGUGAUCAUCAGCGAGCCCGAGCACAGCAAGGAGCGGAUCAAACUCGAAGGAUCCAAGAGCAAGGGGCAGCUUCUGAUCUUUGGAGCAACCAACUGGGACCUGAUUGGCCGUAAAGAAGUGCCGAAGCAGCAAGUGGCUUACCGUAACCUGGGCCAGAACUUGUGGGGGCCUCACAGGUAUGGGUGUCUCUCAGGGAUUCAGGUACGGACUGUGGUUUCGGGACCAUGUGCAGCUCAUAGUCUGCUCAUCACCACAGAGGGGAAGCUCUGGAGCUGGGGUCGUAACGAGAAAGGGCAGCUGGGGCAUGGAGAUACCAAGCGCGUGGAGGCUCCCAAACUCAUUGAAGUUCUCAGCAGCGAGGUGAUCGCAUCAGCAGCUUGUGGGCGGAACCACACGCUCGCUCUGACAGAGAGUGGCUCUGUAUUUGCAUUUGGAGAGAAUAAGAUGGGACAGCUUGGUCUCGGCAAUCAGACGGAUGCAGUUCCAAGUCCCACUCAGAUAAUGUACAACGGCCAACCUAUUACCAAAAUGGCCUGUGGGGCUGAAUUCAGCAUGAUAAUGGACUGCAAAGGAAACCUCUAUUCCUUUGGGUGCCCUGAAUAUGGACAGCUGGGACACAAUUCCGAUGGGAAGUUCAUCGCCCGUGCUCAGAGGAUAGAGUACGACUGUGAGCUGGUGCCCCGUCGCGUUGCCAUCUUCAUCGAAAAGACAAAAGAUGGGCAGAUCCUUCCUGUCCCUAACGUGGUCGUGCGAGAUGUGGCCUGCGGUGCUAACCACACGCUUGUUUUAGACUCCCAGAAGCGUGUAUUCUCCUGGGGCUUUGGUGGGUACGGCCGGCUGGGCCAUGCCGAGCAGAAGGACGAGAUGGUGCCACGGCUGGUCAAGCUCUUUGACUUCCCGGGCCGUGGGGCGGCUCAGAUCUACGCCGGCUACACCUGCUCCUUUGCUGUCAGCGAAACAGGUGGUCUGUUUUUCUGGGGAGCCACAAACACCUCCCGUGAGUCAACCAUGUACCCCAAAGCAGUGCAGGACCUCUGUGGCUGGAAAAUCCGCAGCUUGGCCUGUGGGAAGAGCAGUAUUAUAGUGGCUGCAGAUGAGAGCACAAUCAGCUGGGGCCCAUCUCCGACCUUCGGUGAACUGGGCUAUGGAGACCAUAAACCCAAGUCCUCUACUGCAGCCCAAGAGGUGAAAACCCUAGAUGGAAUUUAUCCAGAGCAGGUGGCGAUGGGCUAUGCCCAUUCUUUGGUGAUAGCCAGGGACGAAAGCGAAGUGGAGAAAGAGAAGCUAAAGAAGCUGCCCGAAUACAACCCACGCACCCUCUGAUAAGGCCAGGGCCCCGCGCCCCUGCCAUGGCAGCUGUCCUUUCCAAUGUGCACUGGGACCGAAAGAGAUUGCAGACCGGCAUCGAGACCUGACCGAAGCUUUUUGUUAGACUUUCCGAGGUUCAAUUUUAUAAGCGAUUCGCAGUUUUAACUACCUGUUACUGUAUCAUUUCCAAAGUGUUCGGUUCUUUUAAACAUUUGACAUUUGCUCCUGGCUCACGAGCUCCCAUUCCGAUGAAAAUGGCAGGACCUUUUGGCAUAUAAACCCCAAGUACUUUGUUUGGUGAGCAGCGGAACAGCCGCUGACGCGUAAGAAUGGCCACAUGGCUCUUGUUGCAUUGAAUUGAGGAGAAUCCCAGCUGCCACUAAGAGCUUGGGGGAAGAUUUGGAGAGGCACAAAUGGCACGUGAGCACCCAAUUCCCAUUGCCUUUCAAUGGAAGUUUAGAUCCCUAAUAACCCUGUGUGCCUCUGAAAAUCUACCCUGAGAGUCUAUGGGGCCAUCUCUUUGGUGAAGUCAACUGCUGAGAUCUCUCUCCAGAGGCAAAUUUACAUUCUCAUCUCUCUAGUUUUAAUGUGCUGGUCCCUGUUCUGGGUGAGGAGCGCCCCAAGGAGCGGGUAUGCAGCUGUGUAACCCCUUGGUAGUUUAAGCUGCAGGACUCUGGCUGCCACCUAUUUCAUGGCUGUUUCAUAAGCAUUGACCUUUUUGUGCGAUUUUAAAUUGUUUCCAUUCAGAUUAAAAACCUCCAUCGAGACAAAAUCUAGGCCAACGCGUUCAAAUAGCCCCUGGUGCCUCGGUAGACGGGUACCCCAAAAUCUGACACACUUCGGGGCUCGUUUUUCAGCAGAACCGAGCACUCACCGCUCCAGUUGAAAACAGGAUCGGCAGGUGCUCACCCACUCUGAAAAAUGAGGCCCUAGGUGUAUGUCAAGUCGGGCAUCAAAACUUGCGGUCACUUAUGAAAAGGCUGGCACCAAACGGUGCUCCUGAGUGUUCGUUGUAAAUGAGGUUGAUUCCAAGGGUAGUUGUGUUUGUGUGAGGUUUUCAUCGCAAUUUGCCCAGCUGACGUUUUCUUUGAGAGUCUGAAGUCUUCAGAGAUGGGCCUAAAUGAAAACCCAGGAUCCAAACACGGCUGAAUUUGUUGGGGAUGGGAGGGUUCGAUCAGAACGUUGUAGCCCAGGCCUCUCCCUUUGGUCGGUGAGAUAUGGACCUUGAUCAAACCAGUCUUAUUUGCCUGCUUAAUAAAUACUAUAUCUAAGAAGUCCCACUGCAGUCAGUGGGCUGCGCUGAGCGCAUAGCUGAGCAUGUGUGUAAGUCUUUGGAGGAUCAGGGCCUCAGACAGUAGGAGGGUUGGAAUUAGUCAGAAAACAACCCCUCAACACUGACGUUUCAAUAAAUGUCUUUUCCCCUAAAAACUUGCGUUUUUUGACCAGAUCCCUGCAGGCAUUCGCUUGGGGAUCCUUUGUCUUCCUGCCCUUGGUAAUUACUGCCUCCUGCUGACCCACAAACCCUGUCUAUACAGUCACAUCCGAUUCCUCCAAACUGGGUGUUGGAGCAGGUGCUGGGCCAGACUCUGCUGGUGAAAACGGGCAGCACUUCCACCAGCAGGGACUUGGCCCUCGACUUGACUCUUGCGCAGCUGUUGAACCAAAUUGGUUUUACUGGCGGA